AUGGCACUUUGUGAUGCGUCAAUGAUCGAACAGGCAAUAACGGAACAUGCAAAGGGUCUCUUAAUGGCUAAUGGUAACAGCACUCUUCAAGAGUCUCCAUAUCCUGAGGUUACCGAGGUCAUGCAUUCAUUUUCUAAGAAUAUUGUCUUGCUUCGUCAAACUGAUGAAGUUCGUGAAAUGCAAACUGUUUUGAGGGACAGAACUACUACAAGGAAUGAUUUUGUCUUCUACGCAAACCGUCUUAUCCGUUUGGUAAUGGAGGAGGGUCUCAAUCAGCUCCCCUUUGAAGAAGUUUCUGUCACAACGCCUACGGGACACUGCUACAAUGGGCUGAAGUUCUUGCGCGGCAACUGCGGUGUCUCAAUUGUUCGUAGCGGCGAAGCGAUGGAACGUGGUCUGCGUGACUGCUGUCGGGCGCUGCGGAUCGGUAAGAUCCUCAUCACUGCAUCGGAGGAGUUUGGACAAAUCUCUGAGCCGCGCGUUGUCUACGCCAAGCUUCCGCCGGGUAUCGAGUCGCGCAAGGUUCUCCUCAUGUAUCCUACACUCAGUAAGUUUUCGACCAAUUUGCCAACCCUCCUUAUUGUCUCCGCCUCUUUGCUACAUUAUUUUAUGACCUUCUUUACUGUUGGACCGAAUGUUGGAACUGUCUGUCCAUCCCUAGGAGAGAUUGCUAGUUGUCCCUGCUUCUACGACAUGGGCAUGCUCCGAAUUAAACUGGAAACGUCGUUCUGA